AUGUCUCUCAAACAAAAGAGAAGCAUCGACGACAUUGUUGACUCCCGGAUCGUCACUUUCGUCGUUGGCAGAGGCGAUUCGACGCGCGAGUUCCGUGUCCACGAAGGAGUCUUGACUUAUCUCUCGGAGCCUCUCAGAGCCUUGCUUACUGGAGGCAUGCAAGAAUCUCUCGAGGGCAAGAUCAUCUGGGACGACGUCAAACCAGCCACGUUUCUCCUCCUUUUGGACUACGCAUAUACCGGCUCCUACCCCAUUCCUUAUCCCGAGAACAAAGACUAUGUGAAAGAAGACACGGAAGAAAACCAAGACGGCGAAAAAAAAACCGAGGUGACCGGCUCACUGCGGACAUGGAUCAAGGCCUGCUCAGCAGAGGAUCACGACCAACCCCACGCAGUAUUGAACUUUUGUAAGGAGCACUUCAACGAGAACAGAAUCGGGGAAGUCAAUUCAACUGAGGAUUCCGAUGACGAAGCCAGUUCGAAAAGAUUGGUCUCGUUGAAACACCUCAUGAAACCUGCAGAACUUUACAUUCUUGCCGAGAAGUACAUCAUCGAGGACCUCAAGAAAUCAUGCAUCGAAGAUGUUUGCAGAAAGCUUUACAAUGCGAUAGCAGAUGAUGAGUUGAUUGCUCAUGUGUGUUCCGUUCUUCGCUUCCUCUACACAUACACACUGCCUCAAGACGAACUUCGCAAGUUACUACUAUACUUCCUCAUCGGAGACAUGGAUUGGGCGAUGGGGGAUGAUGCCCUCAAAAGUCCGAUCAAGGAGAUCCCAGACUUCGCCGUGGAGCUGCUGCUCGGAAUACCUAAUUCAUACUGGGAAGAACUUGUAUGA